AUGGCCAUUGACGAGGCGCAACGCGAGGAGCUGCAAGCUCGUCUCAAAGCUCGGGACGACCAUCUGCGCGAGUCAUGGGUGCGCGCCAUGGAAGCUCGCAUCGUCCGCGAUGAGCUCAAGAAGUGCCAGAGGGGCGAAGGUGUUAACCACCUGGAGAACUGCAAAUGGCUGGCGGACAAGUACGCGAACAUGCUGAAAGAGAACAGGGUCAAGGGCUAUAAGAUGAUCGACAUAUGA